GUAUGCGUGUGUGUGUAUAUAAAAAUUAUAAUACAAUUAAAUGAUUAUUUUACAUGUGAUUCUAAUCCGCAGCAGCAGGUGGCGAUGCUACAUUAUCGCUGAGGUAUUAAAUAAACAUGAAGUCUCUCUGGCCGUGAAAUGACUGUAUUUUGCACUUCCUGAAACAUGACAGGCCACAGCGCUCAGUGGAGCAUCUUGAAGUUCCUCAAAGCGCUGCUGAUCAGUGUCUUGUUUUCGAUCACGGUCCUGUUCCUCGCCGCCACCGUCAGGACGUUCACGUUUGACGCGGACGCGGGGCUUCAGCUGGGAAAAUGGGAAAAUACGACAGCCAUUUCACUACAUUUAGGUUCACAACAGAGAAAGAACCUGCUGGCAAACUUCAAAGCGGCCAUUCAGAUCCCCACGGUGUCAUACACGGAGACAAACGUGAACACGAGCGCGCUGCUCGAGUUUGACGGGCUGCUGAGGAAGGUCUUCCCAAAGAUCUUCUCAUCCAGCCUGGUCCAGCAUGAGACGGUGGGAAACUACAGCCACUUGUUGACGGUUCCAGGCCGUGAUCCUGAUCUGGAGCCCUACAUGCUGCUGGCACACAUGGAUGUUGUGCCGGCCGAUGAGGCGGAUGGGUGGGAUGCUCCUCCUUUCUCUGCUCGAGAGCUCAACGGCUUCAUCUACGGACGAGGAACCAUCGACAACAAACAGUCCGUGAUGGGGAUCCUUCAGGCGUUGGAGUACCUGCUGGAACGAGGUUACGCUCCUCGGAGAAGCUUCUACAUUGGCUUGGGUCACGAUGAGGAGGUGAAUGGUUUCCACGGGGCAGUCAAUAUCGUGAAGCUCCUGAAGAGUCGCGGGGUGAAGCUCCAGUAUGUUUUAGACGAAGGCCUGGCAGUGCUGGAUGGUGUCAUAAGUGGCCUGGAUGGACCUGCUGCCCUAAUAGGCAUCAGUGAGAAAGGUCAGGCCACAGUAAAGCUGAGUGUGAGCACUGCUCCUGGACAUUCAUCCAUGCCUCCCAGAGAGAGCGGCAUUGGCAUCUUGGCUUCAGCAGUCAAAAGACUGGAGGAAAACCCGAUGCCCAGGCUGUUUGGUUACGGUCCCGAGCGUGGCACGUUUGAACACCUGGCUCAUAAGUUUGGUUUGCCUCUAAAAUUCAUCAUGUCUAAUCUGUGGCUCUUCUCUCCGCUACUCAGCAGGGUGUUGGAGAGAAAACCUGACACAAAUGCUUUUGUGAGGACCACAACUGCUGUCACGAUGUUUAACUCGGGUGUUAAGAUUAACGUAAUCCCCUCAUAUGCUGAAGCUUUUGUCAACUUCCGUAUCCACUCAGCCCAAACGCUGCAGGAGGUUCUGGAGUUGGUCGAAUCAACUAUAUCAGAUGAGCGUGUGAAGGUAGAGCUGGUCAAUGGGUUCGACCCGCUGCCCGUCAGCUCCUAUGAUGAGCAGGCGUUCGGCUUCCAGAUCAUAAAGAAAACAGUGCAGAGCAUGUUUCCUCAGCUCACGGUGGCUCCAGGUAUCUGUGUUGGCAACACCGACAGCCGCCACUACAAGGACAUCACACGAGAUAUAUAUCGCUUCGCUCCGUCGUGGUUCAAACCGGGUGAUCCUCAGAGAUUUCACGGCGUGAACGAGAGAAUCUCCAUUAAGAACUAUGAAGAGAUUGUAGUCUUCUACUUCCAGCUCAUCCAGAAUAAUGACAUCAGGAGGUUGCCUCCACCUCACGGUAGCCAGCAUGAGCUGUAAACGAGCUGGGUUGUUACUAACACGGACCUCACUGAACUAGCACUGAUCUCAAGACGCUUGAUGAUUUAGAAACGAAGCUCGGGGAGCUUUGUUUUAGCAGAUUAAUUAGCAAAGAAUUAAAAAUGUAAAUAAAAGGAAUGCAGCUUUAGAACAACCGCAAUGAACAGCUGAGGGCUGUGAAGCACUUCAGUUAUAAAGGUUUUUUUCUUGCAUUUCAUGCAGAGCACAGCUGAAACAUAAUCUUAAUCUGUUGGUUGUCAGGUGUUGACGGCAAUACAUGGGCAUCCAUUCAUCCAUUUGGCAGAUAUUUUUUCCAAAGUGAGACAGUGUGUAUACAGCCAUAUUGUCAAUCACGUAUUACCAGACCCUGAAGGAUUGCUGAACAACACUACACUUCAAAUUUAAAUUCUUCACAAUCUGUACAUGAACAAAAAAUAGCUAGCUAUCUGAGUAAAUCAGACAAAAAGAGAAUUAUGAGUUUUCAGGAUAAAUAGGAUUUUCAAUAAUGCUGAGUGAAAGUGUGUGCAAAGGGCACGAUUAAUCUAGUAAACUGCGGUUUAGUCUGCUAGUGUUUUCAUUGAUUCAGAUUUUAUUAAGGUUUAAGUUAGCGCUUUUUCAGAGUUUGCAAUGUAGGCCAAUAGAGUAGUGAUUUAUUAUGACUGAUUAUGUCUUUCUCUGUAAACAUUUACCUCUGCAUAGCUCAACUCAAAGCUAUAGUUAUUGGGGUUUUUUAUGUUACUUUGGAUCCCUUGGUAAUUUUGCACUGAAAUGGGCUCGGACCGAAAAUUAUUGUAAAUGAUGUGUAUGUAAUGAUGUGUGUGUAAAGAAUGUUACAUGAAUUUUUCUUUUUGGGUUUAAAUGAAUAAAUUUUUUAAAUAGAAA